GGGAGGGCAUGGCGGCAGCGGCCGUUGCCAUGUCGUCCCCCAUGCAGGAGGUGUACAACGACUUCUGGUCCUCCCUCUCCCUCAUGCCCGCCAACCACUACUACAUGCCUGGCUCUGACGUGGAUGCACCGAGUGAGCAGACGAUGGGGACGAGCGCGUAUCCCAUGCCGUACAGGUACUACACGAGUGAUGGGUACCCGCCGGCAACGUCAGGAUACAACUAGCCAGGUGAUAAUGGCGAUGCCUGGAACAAGUUGAUACAUAAAAUGAACAAGCUUGG